ACCAGUGUCUCUUUUCCUUUCUCUUCUAUACACUGCCCCGUGAUGGAUUUUGGUGCCUUGCCUGCGUGGUUUGCCCGGCUGUCUCAUCUCUGGCAUCAUCAUGACAACAGAGAAGAGUCUAGGGGCGGACGCCGACAAUUCGGAGCAGCAGCAAGCCAAGGAGGAGGAAGGAGCUGCUGAAACACAAAAGCAAGAGGCUUCCCUAGAGGAAGGGGCUCAGCAGACGUCGGAGGGACAGCCUGCAGUGGGGCAGAAGCAGAAGGCCUCCAACGGUGAUACACCCACACACGAGGAGCAAAGCAAGAAGGAGCGCCGCACCUCUGAGGGCCGGGGUCUCUCCCGCCUGUUCUCAUCCUUUCUCAGGAGGCCCAAGUCUCAGGUGUCCGAAGAGGACAAAGACACUGAUGGUCCUAAAGAGGUGGGAGGUGACCAGAAAGACCCGGGUUUAGGAGCCAGCCCUGAUGAAGACAUCCUGGUGAAAGCCCCAAUUGCAGCUCCUGAGCCUGAGCUCAAAACUGAUCCAUCACUAGAUCUCCAUUCCUUAAGCAGUGCAGAAACACAGCCUGCGCAGGAGGAGAGGAGGGACGACCAGGAGCCGGACAGCAGAGACCUCGGGGGCAAGGAAGGAGGGGAAGCGAAGGAAGAGUGCGCCAAGCCAGAGCCGAAACAAGAGACUCCGGAGACCAAAGCAGAGAAGGAUUUGAAAACUGCCCAGAAAGCAGUAAAAAGACACAGAAACAUGUACUGCAAAGUUGUCUUGCUGGAUGAUGCCAUUUUUGAGUGUUCCGUGGAUAAACACGCCAAGGGGCAGGAUCUACUUAAAAAAGUCUGCGACCACCUCAAUCUCCUGGAAGAAGACUACUUUGGUUUGGCCAUAUGGGACACACCGACCUCCAGGACGUGGCUGGAUCCUGCCAAAGAAAUAAAAAAACAGGUUCACGGAGGCCCCUGGGAUUUUACCUUCAAUGUCAAGUUUUAUCCACCGGAUCCUGCGCAGCUGACAGAGGACAUAACCAGGUAUUACUUGUGUCUUCAGCUUAGACAAGACAUCAUUACGGGGCGGCUGCCCUGUUCCUUUGCAACUUUGGCUCUGCUGGGUUCGUACACAGUCCAGUCCGAGUUGGGAGACUACGAUCCUGACCUACACAGCCCGGAUUACAUCAGUGAAUUUAAAUUGGCCCCAAACCAGACAAAAGAACUCGAAGAGAAGGUUGUGGAGCUUCAUAAAACAUACAGAUCCAUGACUCCAGCCCAAGCAGACCUGGAAUUCCUUGAGAAUGCAAAAAAGCUGUCUAUGUAUGGAGUCGACCUCCACCAAGCCAAGGACUUGGAAGGAGUAGAUAUCACUCUGGGAGUCUGUUCCAGUGGCCUUCUUGUUUACAAAGAUAAACUGAGAAUCAACCGCUUCCCUUGGCCCAAAGUCCUGAAGAUUUCCUACAAACGCAGCAGCUUCUUUAUUAAGAUUCGGCCAGGGGAGCAAGAACAGUAUGAGAGUACAAUUGGGUUCAAGCUACCAAGUUACCGGGCAGCAAAGAAGCUGUGGAAAGUAUGUGUUGAACAUCAUACAUUUUUCAGGCUGACUUCCACUGAGGCCAUCCCGAAGAGCAGGUUCCUGGCGCUGGGCUCCAAGUUCCGCUACAGCGGCCGGACGCAGGCGCAGACGAGGCAGGCGAGUGCCUUGAUUGACCGACCCGCUCCCCAGUUCGAGCGGACGGCAAGUAAGCGAGCCUCCAGGAGCCUCGAUGGAGCUAAACGUGCGACUCAAAAAGUUGAGUUCAGAGCCAUAGAGGAAGAGAAGCAGGAGGAGGUGGUGGUGGUUGAGGUUCCCGAACCAAAACCCACGGAUCAGAUCCGAGAGAAGACAGCCAAACAUGCUCUUGAAACUUUUGAAAUGAAACCAAUUGCAGAGGAGGAAGAGGAGGAGGAGAAGGUAGAGGUGGUUAAGGUUCCCGUUGCCAAGCCAAAGUUACCGGAACCGUUGCAGAUGUGGUCAGCCAAACGUGCUCUUGGCAGUGUUGAGAUAAGCCCAAUUGAAGAGGAGGAGGAGGAGGAAGAAAAAAUGGUGGUGAUGAGAGAACUAGAGCCGGUCCCGAAGGAGUCAGCAGUGGCUGUGAUAACCCCUGAGAGGAGUCCCCGUCCCACCUCUGCCCCGGCCAUCGCUCAGAGCCACGCUGCAGAACCAGUCCCAGCUAAGCCAGACAGGAAGGAUGCAGUUGCUGCAUCUAAAGUAGAAAAGGAAACAGCAAAACCCGAUGCGAGACGUGAAGAAAUCCCACCGGAGAAAGCCAAGCCGGAGCCAGCCGAUGCGUCAAAGGUGAGGAAAACGCACAUUGAGGUCACAGUACCCACCACGAAUGGUGACCAGCCCCAGAAAAGAUCAAAGAGGCUAGAUGGUGAAAACAUUUAUAUCAGGCAUAGCAAUUUAAUGUUGGAGGAUCUAGAUAAGACCCAAGAAGAAAUAAAGAAACACCAUGCCAACAUCAGUGAGUUGAAGAAGAACUUUAUGGAGUCCGUCCCGGAGCCUCGGCCGAGUGAAUGGGACAAACGUUUGUCCACUCACUCCCCUUUCCGAACCCUCAACGUCAACGGGCAGAUUCCCAUGGGAGCGGAUGGAAAAAUGAGUGACUUUCUCUCCAGAGAGGAUGUGGCUGCAGUGCCAGAGAGGAGCAGUGCUAACACUGGCUUUGCAUGCGAGGGCUCAAAGCAGUCAGUAGCUUUUAGUGAGACCCCAGUGCCACCCGCCUCAGAGCCUUCUCCCGGCCAUGACUUUGCUGCUUCCUCCCUAAGCAGCGAGGAGGAGGAGGAGGAGGCGGCUCCCAGCCUCCCCGCGAGCGAGGAGGACCUGAGAUGUGGAAAGGGGGUUUGUGCGGAUGCGGAGAAGGACUCGGAGCUCUUUGAGCUGGAGCCCCCCGCCAGCCCUGCCGCACCUCCCUGGCAGCCCUCGGGAGGAGAGGAGGAGGUGGCAGAGGAUGGCGAAGACAGAUUUGCCUUUAGAAAGCUAAAUGGCGAGUGUCACGACUCAGAUGUUAAUAACGGGCUGCCAGCAGUCAUUCGCUGCUUCCAGCCACCGCUAGUGAAGACACAGACGGUCACCAUUUCCGAUGUGUCCAGUGCCGUCAAAAGCGAAAUUCCCACGAAAGAAGUCCCCAUUGUCCACACAGAGACGAAGACCAUCACCUAUGAAGCUGCACAGACAGAUGGUGGCAAUGGAGAUUUAGACCCUGGCAUCCUGCUGACUGCUCAGACCAUCACUUCGGAAACCACCAGCAGCACCACCACCACACAGAUCACAAAGACUGUAAAAGGUGGUAUUUCAGAGACACGGAUUGAAAAAAGGAUUGUCAUCACAGGAGAUGCAGAUGUAGAUCACGACCAGGUUCUAGCGCAGGCGAUAAAGGCAGCAAAGGAGCAGCACCCGGACAUGUCGGUGACCAAAGUGGUUGUACACCAGGAGACCGAGAUUGCAGAGGAGUAGCGAGGCUGUGUAGCAUUCCUGCCAGACACAACACCAGGAAAAAGAAACCCAGCAAAAUUACUAAGAAACUACCUGGAGCACAAAGACCUCGGAUUUAUAAGACUUGACACUCAGAGACAUUCAUAUCAUUUAUUAGGAGUUGCGCUUUGACAUUUUACUUGGGAUUUUCCAGACUCCACUGGAUCCUGUUGGAUAUAGAUUUUUUUUUAUAUAUAUUGUGACAAAAGUAUGCCAUAUUUCUAACUGUACUGAAUAUUUUUUACAGGUUUUCAAUUUUGCAUUCCCUCUCACGCAUAGCCUCUUCAGAUCAGACCCUGACACACCUCGCAGGGCUCAAAGGGUCACUUUUUUAAGUCGUAUUCCCUCUGCCUCGUCAGGGAUAACGGAGAUAAGCCACAUCCGUGCAUAUUCCAAGCGCGGGAUCCGUACGCGCCUUCAAAAAGCCAUGGGUCCUUCUGCCGGGAGAGUCAGUUUAAAAAAGUCAGACUUCAGUUUUGUGCAGCAUUUCUGAUUGCCUCUUGAUUUUGUUUAGCUCUAGGGAGCUUGAGACUCCGGCCAUGAUACCUGGGCGUGCAGAGCAGAGCUGCUGCCUUCGCUCCGAGUUUCCUCCCCGUUGGGUUUCAGGCCCCCGAUGUGUGAACACAGUAGGGUUUUGUGGUGUAGCCUAUGCACACAUCUUAAUAGUUGACUAGAUUUAAGGAAUACUGGAAGUUGCUUCAAGUAUCUUAUACUGUGAAUUUUAGAGCUUUAAGAGGACUGUGAUAGCAACUCGCCUUCCUCCUGUGUGUCUCUGCCGAGUGCUACCUACCUGUUUGUGUUUUCUAGAUGCCAUUAAAUUAAAAAGCCCUUAGAAGUGUGCGUUUAAGGUGUUUGGACUCUGAAUGCUAUUAAGGUAGGCUUAUACAGCAUUCAUAGUAACUGAUUUUUUUUCAGUGUCAGUUUUUCACUUGUUUGUGUUCAUGAUUUUUAAAUUAGGGGUUUUUUUUUUCUAAGUUAUGGGUUGGGUUUCUUUCUCCCCUCACAGUGCUAUUUAAAGCUAAACAUGUUACCCAUAUACCAGGGCAUAUAUCCUACUAUCAUUUAAUUUAAAAUCCUUUAGACAAUCCUUCCUAGGUCUGUAAAGCUGUAUUUGGAGAGGCUGAACAAGAAAUCUUAGGUGUCAGGUGUUGCUGGUCGUGAUCGAGCCAAGCCAUGUGGAAAGUGCUGCCACCCCCUCUUCCAUGCUGGCUUUAAGGAUCUGUACUUUGGCUUCAUGACCGCCUUGCUGGAAUGAAAUACCAGGGUUAGUGUCUGCAUCUUUAGGCUGAGCUUACAGACCACAGGGGCCAUCUCCAGCUAGGUGGAGGUGACCAGAAAACAUCUUUUCUGGGGCUGGAUGUGCUUCCCUCCACAGCACUGGGGGCUGAGGUCCCACUGCUGCUUUCUGAGCUGUGUGGAAAUGUUCUAAUCAUGCCCUGGUUUCUCCUUCCAGCAUUUAAAUU